AUGGCAAAUGGCACAAAGACUUGGCUAUCGAGAGAAGGUUUCACAGCAGACGUGCUGGGCACCCUCAUCUCCCGCACCCUGCUAGACCCAUGGAAGAUAAUCCCUCUCUUUGCCUUGACGAAAUACACAAGCAAAGGCCAAGCCUUCCUCAAAUUACAUCCACAGCUCCACAGAGCCCUACGCCAUUUAGCAGCCCUCGCGCUUCUCACCCGCCUAAGCACCUGGCUAAAUAGACGCAUCCUCAACAACGCACUGACCGACCAUUACGACUGGAACAAAGAGAUCGUCGUCCUAACCGGAGGCAGCAAUGGCAUAGGUCUCCAAAUCGCGCACCUCCUCGGCUCGCGCGACAUUAAAGUCGCUAUCCUAGACAUCACUCCUCCGCAACCCCCGCUGCCCAACAGCAUCCGUUUCUACGAAUGUGACAUCACCUCAGCAGCAGCCAUAAAAGAUGCGGCGAGCAAGAUCCGCGCCUCCUUUGGCCGCCCCACAAUCCUAAUCAACAACGCAGGCAUCUGCACGGGCAAAACCAUCCUCAAUUCCACGCCCGCGCAAACCCGCCGCAUGUUCGAGGUAAACACCUUCUCGCACUACGCCCUCGCCCAGGAAUUUCUACCAGACAUGAUCACCGCCAACCACGGCAUGGUGGUCACUAUCGCCUCGCAGGCGGGCUACACGGUGACACCGAGUAUGGUAGAUUACAGUGCGUCGAAGGCCGCGGCGAUUGCAUUCCACGAGGGACUGGCGGCGGAGCUGGUGACGCGGUACUCGGCGCCUCGGGUGCGGACUUUGCUUGUUACGCAGGGGUUUACGAAGACGGCGUUCAUUCGGAAUCUUACGCCUGAAGAUACGUGGUUUAAUCCGUUGUUGGAGGCGGAGAGUGUGGCGGAGGGGGUUGUUGGGGGUGUUUUGAAGGGGGAGAGUGGGGUUGUGGUUUUGCCGGGGUCGGCGGGUUGGGUCGCUACGAGGUUUAGGGGGUUGCCGGGUUGGGUGCAGCAUUUGGUGAGGUGUCGGUUGGAGAGGUUGAUGAGGACUGAGUAG